GUCCCGCUCUGCGCUGCAGUGACUGUGCGCACAUGAUUAUCGAACAGCUGGAAGGGAAGCAGACCUGUAACACCUGCACGGGAGACGCAACACAGCGCUUCACUUUUCAAUCCCGGGAAGAUCCAGAGAUGAUGCCCCGUCUGCCGGGCGGUGGCAGGACAGCGUGCGUCGGGACGACUGGCACCUUUUUGUCUGCGUGUCUGGUCUCCGCUUGUCAAGCCCUGCGGAGCUGUGGGGAGGUCCAGUGCGGCGAUGGCCAGCAGUGCUGUCCACCCAUCAUCACCGGAAACGGCAGUGCCAGCGCCGCGGUGCGCUGCUGCAAGCUCCCCAUACACGUUUUCUUCGACAACGUAGGCUGGUUCACGCGGAAGCUGUCGGGCAUUCUGAUCCUGUUGCUGCUCUUUGCCAUGGGCUACUUCAUCCAGCGGAUCAUCUGCCCGCGGCCCCGCAGGAACCCCAACAAUGACCGCAGCGAGGAGCCCUCCCUCUUUCACGGGCACGCAUCGGCGUCCCAGGACUCCCUGCUGGACCGCUACCCCGAGUACAGCAUCGGAGACUUUGCGUCACCGAACCUGCCAGCCUACGACGAGGUCAAAUACUUGCCCACGUACGAGGAGAGCAUGCAGGAGAUGCACAGGGACCGCUCCGAUGAUAACUUGCUGUCGGAAAACGAGAGUGGGAGUCGGGGCAGGGGGAGAGCGGCGGGGCCGAGAGCCGGAGAGCAGAGACGGGAAGUCCUGGAGGUGUCAGGACCGCAACACAGCCCAAGGACAUCUCGGAACUCUGUCUGAUGGAAGACAAGAGAUUGGGCAAAGCUACACAGACAAUACAGCAUUCUUAUUUUAAUAUAAUCAGGGUAAUUAUCUUGCAGAGAUAUAAACUCAAGUGCAAUUAUAAUCCUGAGUGUUCAGAAUAAAAGGGGGAGGCUGAGAAAAAAAGUACGUGUUCAGUCAGAUUAUAAGGGAUUACCCGCCUUUUGUAUGCAAAUAACUGCGUGGGUGAAGUAAAGGAGAUUAUAAAAGAAGCGAAGGCGUCUGAAAUGUAUGCUCUUUGUGUUGGGGACAGCUAAUUUGGCUGCGGUACAAUCGCAUUAAGUUUUACUUCAGCACCUCAAUUUUUAAGUGGCACCGUGAAACAGUUAUUCUUCUUUCAGGUCUUGAUGCUAAAUAUUCUGCUGGACUUGAAUGACCUUCUUUUCUUCCAAGUUUCUUCACUGAAUUUGCAUACAAAAGAAGGAAUAUUUAGAUUCAGUCUCUCCUCAGUAACCUGAAAUGUGGCCUGAGUGAAGGGAGGAGUAUCUAUUUUAAUACCUUCAUAGGCUCACUUUUUUUUUUUUUUUUUUUAUCAGCCAGCUUUAGAGCCUGUUAAUUUAAAGCUUAUCACAAACACACUUCAUAGGGAGGGGGGGGCAGACAGGAGUGUGUGUUAUCAGUGACCUGAACCAUGUCUGAUACUGCAAAAAAAAAAAAGUCAAGCCAAAGCAGAUGGGGACAUUUUAUUUAAAAAAGAAAGAAAAAGACGCUCUGAUCCUGGGAGCCCCAUUGCCCGGAGGCUAUGUAUCAGUGUCUCCAGGGUUCUGAAUUUAGGGGGGAAAAAAAACAAUGGCAAAGAUUAAAGCUCCCAUACUGAUUGGGUGGAAACUGCCAAGAGACAAAGUUGUAUUUGGUUGAUAGAAUGUCAGACAAGAUCACACACUACCUGCUGCCCUGAGCAGAUCUAAAAGCUGCACAGCUCAGACAGGGGUGUGACAGUGACAGGAGGCAGACUAUAGGGUCUACUUGUGUGUUAACCAUUUGUGUGAAACUGUACUCUUUUAUUUUCCGAUAACUAACUAGGUAAGAAGGUUUACUUGUGCUGCUGCAAACAAAAUACCAAGCUGACACUGCUCACACCUCAUUCCAUCAGGCUUGGAUUAGAGCUGUAUUUGGUUUUUUUUAUGUGUCCAUUAAAAUGCCUCACUGUGCUAAAUUAUAUUUAAAAAAAUGUCUUUACACAUUACUUUGGCAUUAAAUGGGCACGUUGUAAAGAAUCACACUUUUGAAAUACUCUCUCCAGACAAGGCAUGAAGAAAUGUAGCAGGCCGAGGAGAAGACAAAAAAAAUAAACACCACACAAGAAGAAUUUCCAUUAGGGCUGUAAUGCAAUGUUUACUCUUACUAACAAAUGGCCUGCAGAUUAUCAUCAAGAUUAUCUUAACGACUGGUCAAUAAAAUGAGAUUGAUUUGUGUCAGCACAGGUCCCCAGAGACUGAGAUGAAAUCUUAAGGCUGCUUGUUGUGUUUAACCAACAAAAUGGUACUUAGAGAACCCUGAA